UCUUCCUCCUCCCUCCUCCUCCUCCUCCGGUCGGACGGCCACACUCCCCGCUACCUUUCACCCCUGAGAAACCCCGAUCUGACGGCGAAGCAGCGCGUGCAACCCCCGGGACAACAUGGCUUCAGGUGUGACCGUGAACGAUGAGGUCAUCAGGGUGUUUAACGACAUGAAGGUGAGGAAGAGCUCGACCCAGGACGAGGUGAAGAAGAGGAAGAAGGCGGUUCUGUUCUGCCUGAGCGAGGACAGGAAGAAGAUCAUCGUGGAGGAGGGGAAGCAGAUUCUGGUCGGAGACAUCGGCGAGAGCGUGGACGACCCGUACGCGUGCUUCGUUAAGCUCCUCCCCCCCAACGACUGCAGGUACGGCCUGUACGACGCCACCUACGAGACCAAGGAGUCCAAGAAGGAGGACCUGGUCUUCAUCUUCUGGGCUCCAGAGAGCGCUCCUCUGAAGAGUAAGAUGAUCUACGCCAGCUCUAAAGAUGCCAUCAAAAAGAAGUUUACAGGUAUCAAACACGAGUGGCAGGUGAACGGGCUGGACGACAUCCAGGACCGCACCACGCUGGCGGAGAAGCUGGGCGGGAACGUGGUGGUGUCCCUGGAGGGCAAGCCGCUGUGAUGUCAUCGCGGCGAGCCGAGCGGAGCCAAGCCAACCGCCGUGCCAUCUGGACCGAAGCACCCGACCCCACCCGCCCGAACACCGCCGCCGCUGCUUCACCCAGCCGCUUGCUCUGUCUGUAUCCAUGUCCUGAAGGAGUUAGCAUCUUUAGGCCUCUUUUCUUUUUUUGGUUUUUAAUUUCUUUUUGUUUUUUUUUGUGUUUUGUUUUUUUUUUUUUUUGCUCUUUUUUUUCCAACAUGAAGGAGAUCUCAUUAACAUAAUGAUAUGCAAACACCUCCCAGUUUGUUGCCACAUGACUUCUGUUCACCCGGCAGAAAAAAGAAAAAACCGACACACUACCAAACCCCCCCCCCCCACCACCCCCCCCCCACAGGAAGGUUGUCUCUCUCUCACAGCCAGCGAGCGAGUUUUGCCAAAAGAGUCGAUGUGAAGGAAGCAGCCGAACGUGUCGGGAGGCUGAGCGCCGCGCCCGCGAAGCUCCGCCUCCCGCUAGCACACGGGUUCAUGACGCUUUUUACAUGACUUUUAUUUAUUAUUGUUGUUGUUCUCUUCUCCAGUAUGUUUCACACCAGGCAGACACAUUGUUAGACUAUGCAUUCAGAAGAAGAAGAAGAAGAAGAAGAAGAAGAUUACUACCCAGCACUUUUUUUGUUGAAACACUACAAAAAAAAAUCCUGACGUUAAAAAUUCUCCAUAUUUAUGUCACCGCCGAGCUAACGUUUGUUUACCUCAGUUUCCAUUCCUGUCGGACUCACCGUCAUUCUAGCUGUUUGGUCGUCGCCUUACUUUCAGUCUGAAUGUAACCGUCACACCAGAGUUAGUUAGAGUGCACUUUUUUUUUUUUUUGUAAAGAAACACUACAGGAAGCAGAUUUGACCCCAGCAGUGAGAGACGACCCCGCACCGACGACAACGAGAACAAGAACCUGACGACAUCUGGAGCCUUAAAGUGGAACGUUGUUUCUGAGAUCACAGGAAGCCACUUUGCAAUAAAAGCCUGUGGCAGAUCUGA